AUGGGCCCCGGCGCAGACGGAAGCUACGGAAUGAUGACGGGCAUGCCAGGUGAGCCGUCCCGAAUGCGGAGUGGCGGCGCGCAGAGCUGCGCUCGUGGCCCUCCCCUCGCUUCCGAGCGCGACCGCUCCCCGUUCCCAGGUCCGAGCAGCAAGAGGCAGCGGCGCUACUACGACGAAUACAGUUACCGGGGCGGCGAGCGCGGCGUGAGCAACCGCGGCAGCUCGUCCCCGGAGCCUGCUUCGUCGUCAAUGCUCAGGCGAGACAGACGGCGGUCGCCGCCGUUCUACGGCGGCCCUGCCGCAGACCGCAGAGGAGGAGGGCCUGGCGACCACGGGAUGACCGCCCUCCCUCCAGGUGGCGCGUCGCGAGGAGGUCUCGGAGACGGCAAGCCCCCGCUGCUCGACGAAGACGAGCGCGAGGGCGGUAAGGGGCUGGGGAUGCGCAGGGACCUCAGCGGGGGCUCUCCCGCGGGCCUGGACGCCGACGGCUCCCCGCCAGCAGGCCCAGGGCGGGGCCGAGGCAGUCUGAGCCUGGAGCGAAAGAGAGGAGAUGGACGGCGCAGCGGCUGCCGCGGCAGCAUCGACCAGGGCGAACCGACAGGCAAACUGGGCUCAGGCCGUAGAGAGGCGGGAGGCGGUGGCGACGACGACGAAGACGCCGGCCAACUGCUCAUGGUGUGCAGAGUCCUCAAACAAGGCCAAAGGCUCUGCAACAUGUCCGCGAAAUUCGUCGGAGGAGACCCCAACAUUCGGCCGCCUGGCGUCCUCGACGUGAACCAGCGAGCGAACCUGGAUCGGCUGCAGACACAUCUUCGGCGCGGGCGCCAGGGUGUGUCUUCGCCCCAUGGAGGCGAAGGCGCGCUGCGCUACUCGAUUUGGCAACUCGGGGCCGACACCCGGCAGGACAGCCGGCAGUACGACGAGUUGUGCGACUACUUCAUCAACAAAGAGCGCGUUGGCCUCUUGGAGAGCCCCAGCCAGGCGAUCUACAUGGUGCCUCCCAACCCGAAGUACAUCAAGCCGCUGAACCUCCCGGACGCGAAUUUUAUGUACGCUUACGUCAUCGCCAAGUGA